AGCCACUAUUGAAGACACAUAACAUACUCGUAUACUUGUCAAGUAAGAAGCCACGUUUGGCCCCUGCUGCGUACUAAGACCAACUUUUGCCUAGGACUCACACGGCAGCGAUGAAAUCGACGCUUGGUCUCUUAGCGGAGGCAUUGAAGGAAACUGCACGCAGCCCGCGAAUGCGGAAAGCGGCGGUGGAGCUUACGGAAGCAGCAGCAGGUCGAAUAAAAGAACUGCUGAACAAGCGACACAAGGAAUACUUAAAGCUUGGGGUAAAAACGCGAGGUUGCAGUGGCAUGAGCUACACGCUCAACUAUGCAGACAACAAGGGCAAGUUCGAUGAGGUGGUUGAGGACAAGGGGGUGCGCAUCAUCAUCGAACCGCAGGCGCUCAUGCACGUGCUGGGCACCAAGAUGGAUUACGUGAAGGACGACCUCCGGUAAGGGGCUGGGCGGGGGCUGGGGUCUGGGAGCUGGGGGCUGGGAGUAGGGUAACGCACGGUAGCAGUGAGUCGGGACGUGUGCUGGUGGCGCAUGUGGCGGUGUCGAGUUGUGUCAGCGGGUUCGCAGGGUGAGGCACCAUGACGCGUCAGGCUCAGCGCCCAACGUCGUGGUAUUUGCAUUUUUGCGGCCUUGUGUGUUGGUCCCUCCUAGCAUGCAAAUGAUUGCGCUCGGAAUCACGGUC